AUGGGCUCUCUCGGAAACAUCGCUCUCAUCCUGGGUGCUCUCACUGCUGGUGGCGGUAUCACCGGCUACGUGAGGACUGGAUCUAUCCCAUCGGUCGUCGCUGGAUGCACUGUCGGACUUCUGUACAUGCUCGGUGGUUACCGUGUCAACAGCCGCGCAGCGUACGGUGUUGAGUUGGCUCUUCUUGCUUCCGUUAUCCUCGCUGGCAGCUCUAUUCCUCGAGCAAUGAAGUCUGGCAAGCCGCUGCCUAUCGGUUUGAGCAUUCUCGCGACCUUUGGCCUGUGGACUUUUGGAAACGCGUACAUGAAUAAGGCUCGUGUAUAA